AUAACUCAAUUCGCUGCAGCCCCCUCUUAGUCAGAGCAGGGCUCACCUCCCUCUACUCGCCUUUCCAUCACGCUCACUAUCCGCGGCUCAGACAGCUUUCCUGGGUUAUUCGCGUUCUUCCUCCUUCAAUGCUCGAGCUGUCAUAGACUUUUUAAUGUUCAGCUCCCCUAUCUACAAGUGGGAGAGAGGUCAUCCGGGGACUGGGCUCUAGGGAUUGGGUGUCCGAGUCCAGGCAGCCGCAACCUCAGCCCCUUACCCGACUAUAAUUAGCUCACUAGGGCGACAGGCCAGGGUGGCCCCAUAAGUCCCCUCUCCCUGGGGCUCAGAGACAAAGCCCAGCACCUAGGUGAGGAGGGUGGGGGAGCUUGUGAAGGUGACCGGCUAUAGAAACUAACGUCACCAUCUCAGUUCGGCAAGGGAGAGGGCAAUAGUGGGACAAACACUAGACCAGGAAGGGUCCCUAUAAUCUCUGCCUCCUUGAGGCUCCGAAUCUAUCUCCUGUUUGCUGCGAGAUAGCCCGGCUCCCCCAGAAGGCUGAGAAAAGGGAACUGUCUUUGAGGGGGGUUGGGAAGGCUGGAGGUUUAUGUGGCAGAACGCCUGAAGUACAGGUUUGGCACUUCUCGGACUUGAUGAGUGAUGAAAGGGGAUAGAGGUGCAUUUUAUCUACGUUCGCGGGCAGAGCAGUAAAAACUCAAGUUUUGACAGGUGCCUAAUUUCGCCCCUCUCCCAAUUUUUCUCAGACCAACCCAGCUCUGGCCAUGAGUUCCCCAGGCACCGUGAUCUGCAACGAAGAUGAGGGGCUACUUUCCCCUCAGUUCCGGAAGGACUACCCCAGCCUCUCUUUACCAACUCAGCAAAGCCCCACCUGGCCUUCCUCCCCAGACGAAGACUCGGGUCUGCUCCCCUUCCCUCUGGGACAACCCAGUCACCGGACCUCCCAUCUUGGAGAUCUUCCUUCUCCUUCCUUGUCCCUGGAGGAAGAUGAAGAAGGGGAAACUGAGGCGCUAGUGAGUGAGGAGCACCCAGGCCAGUUCUUUGCAGAAGCUCGACGGCUUCGGGACUUAAGCCUGCUGCUAGAUUUAGAGGUAAUAGUGCAGGGUCGAAGGUACGCGGUGCAUGGGGUGGUCUUGGCUUCAGUCAGCAGCCUCUUUCGCUCCUGGCUGCUGGGCAAUGGGGACCCAAGACCCCCCAUACAGCUGGACGUAGCACCCCAGGGUUGGGAGGCAGUGCUGACCUUCGCCUACGAGGGGGUGGUGGGUCCCGCCGCUUUGGGCGAUGUGAUAGCGGCAGCGGAGCUACUGGGAGCCCCUCGGGUAGCAGCAGCUGCUGUAAGGAGACUGGAAGGGGACCGAAACCAAGGAGACAAGGAGCAAGAGGGACUGGAUAAAGCUAAGGAGUUGAGAGAGAAUCUGAGCAUCAUGGAGCAGCUCUACCGUGAGGGUGUUGGCUGUGACCUGGAGCUGAAAGCAGAGGGCUGCCACCUGAAGGUGCACCGUGUGGCUCUAGUCUGCGGGAGUGAGUUCUUCGGGGCGAUGCUCCUGAGUGGGAUGAGGGAAUCUCAGGGCUCAGCUGUCACACUACGUACAGUCUCAGCCCCCGAACUGCAGCUCCUCGUCUCCUUUGCCUACUCAGGGGCGCUGCAAACAAACUGGCCAGGGCUGCUGAGGGCCACCCUGACUGCCCUGCAGUACCAAAGCGGCUCCUGCUUGGCCUUAUGCCAGAGAGCCCUGGCCCGAGGCCUUAGCCCAGUCCGAUGCUUGGCCUUGCUUCCCGUGGCUGAAGCCCCAGGCCUGGAGAGACUUUGGGACAAAGUGCAUCACUACCUCCUCAACCAUCUGCCCGCGGUGGCGGCCUGCCCUACCUUCCCAGACCUGCCUCCUCCCUUCCUGGCCAGCCUCCUGGCCAGCGAUGAGCUGCAUCUAGAGGAAGAAUUCGAGGCUUUCCAGGCGGUGUGGCACUGGUUGGCAGCAGAUCCCCUUGGCAGAGAGCCUGAAGCGGAGACUCUACUGCGCUGCGUCCGCUUUGGUCGCAUGUCCACGCGGGAACUGCGGCGAGUGAGAGCUGCCGGACUGCCCCCACCGCUGCCCCCCUCCCUGCUACACCAGAUCCUGGUGGCGGCCGAGGUGCCGGGCCGAGAAAGGCGGCGGGAGCCUGAGCGGGCCCUGGUGGUGAUCGGUGGAGACGGGCUCACGGCAGACUUGGCUCAGAGCCAGCCGUCCCGAGGGGUGUGGUGGGCGCGCGCCUUCUGCAGUGGCGUGGGGCUGGUGCACACAGUGGAGUGGGGGAGGCUGCCCACCCUGCCCCCUCCGGGGCGCUUCCGGCACGGCGCUGCCAGUCUCACUGGGAGCGAGCUGUACGUGUGCGGAGGGCAGCACUACUACAGCCACUCAGACACCCUGACCUCAGUGCUCAGGUGGGCACCUGGCCAAAGUAAUUGGGAAGAGUUGGCUCCAAUGUGUCAAGCUCGGUCUUUCUUCCCACUGGUGGCUCACGAUGGACAUCUUUAUGCGUUGGGUGGGAGAGACAACGGGGCUGCCUUGGAUUCGGUGGAAGCCUAUGAUCCCAAGCUUGAUGCUUGGAGGUCAGCACCACCCCUCCCCACACCCUGCUUUGCCCACGCUGCCUCUGUGUUGGAUGGUCAGGUCUAUGUGAGUGGAGGCUGCAAUGAGUUUGGUCAAUAUCUGGCCUCCCUCUUUAACUACAACCCUACUCGCAAGCCGUCAUGGGUCCUGCUGAAUCCUAUGAAGACCCCUCGGGCUAGCCAUGUCAUGGUAGCCCUGGGUGGACGACUCUAUGUAGCAGGAGGUUUGGGUGAGGCCGGAGACCUGCUUAGUUUUGAAGCAUAUGAGCCCAGGACUGACACCUGGAUGAGCUUGGAACCCUUGCCCUCUCCCCAUGUGGGAGCUGCUGGAGUCUCUCUUCAAGGGGAGAUCCUAGUUUUGGGGGGCUAUAGUCACCAAACAUAUGCUCUCUCCCACUUCAUUCAUGCAUACUGCCCCGGCCUAGGCCGCUGGCUUUGCCUGGGAACCUUGCCCCGACCCCGAGCUGAGAUGUCUGCCUGUGUCCUUCAGCUAUCUCCUGUAUAGCUGCAAACUCCAGGAGCUGAUUUAGCUCAGACUUAACUCCUUAGUCAGGCAGAAAAAGGAGGAGGAGAAAAAGAUGGAGAAUCAGGAUGUGCAGAUUGAGGAUAUGGGCAAGAGGGAAAGAAGCACUUGAGGGAAAAAUAGAUCAUAUGAUGGGGGAAAGCUUUACAGAAGGUUUUCUUCAUUUUGUGUGCUAGGGACUCCUUUGGCAGUCUGUGACAUCCAAGGACCACUUCUCAGGAUGAUAUUUUUAAACUUUGUGCACAAUAUAAACUAUAUAAGAAUACAAAAGAAACUAAUUAUACUGAAGUACAGUAGGAAAAUAAAGUUAGGGGGAAAAAACUUUGUUCAACUCCAUCCAAGGCUUAUGGAUCUAAAGGUAGACCUAUGCAUGGCACAGGCCAUGGCACCCUAUCAUCCUAGGAUUUAGAAUGGAAGCAGAGCUUAGAAACUGUCAUUUUAUGGAUAAAGGAACCAAGGUCCAAAAUUUUAAGGGAGCUGUGCAGAUAAACACAAACAAUAAAUCUAAGUUAUGGAAAGAUCAUGGAAAGAAAUGGGAAGCAAGGAAAAUUUGAUAAAAGUUUUAAAAGGUCUAAAAGACCUUUUCUUCCUCGCUUAUCUCUUUUACCUUGUUAAAUAAUAUUUUUUUCCCCACUGCCAUGCUCCAAAGUGUCUGAACUCUCCUGACCAGACCAUUUCCCUCCUUAAAUAGCCCCUUAGAAUAAGCUUGGCUUUUUUAUAUCUCAAUCAUCACAUCUACCUUUGGGGAACUUCUAGGUUCCAACAAAAUUGAAGGCUCAAGCAAAGAAGCCCUUGACUAGAGUUGUAAGAAGUGAGGAAAUGCAGUAGAUAAAGUGCCAGAUUGGGAACUGGGACAACCAGGAUUCCAAUCCUGCCUCUGAUACUUAAGUAGCUAUUUGAUUGAGCAAAAUCAUUAAAUAUUUCCCAUUCAUUUUUCUCAUUUAUAAAAGGAGAGAACCUCUAAGGUCCCUUCUGGCUCUCAGUCUAUGAUUUUAUGAUUUAGGUAGGAAUUAACUUCAGGAAAGCUGCUGAUAGAAGCAGAUGUGUGUAUAUAUGUGUGGAUGGACAGGGUUGUUUUUGGUGAAGGGAAAGGGCAGGUGAAACAGAGAUGGAUUUAAAAGAGUCUAUACUGGAAGGGGUUAUGAUUUAGGGGAUAGCAAGUGAACUAGGGAACUUCACUGCCUGGAUCUCUCCUUACCCAGCAUCCCCAGGAUAGAUUGUGAGGUGAGUGAAAAGAAACAUUUUUUUUACUUUUAGACUGUCCAGUUGAGGAAGAGGUGAAUAGAAGGAUAAUUUGAACACCAUGAGAACUGGACAAGAGAUCCCCUAUUCCCUUUACUCCUUUUCCCUGGGAUUUUCCUGACCCAUCUAUUUUUUUCUGAAUGGGGAAGGGGAAUAGGGGCACAGAUACACUGUGUUUGGGGAAUUUUUGAUAUUCAUUUAGUAAAAGACAAAUAGCUAUUUCAAAGAUAUUCCAGGGAUAUACCUAUAUUUUAUUUUUAAAAUUCUGAACUUAAGAAAUAAAACAAGCAUUUCCAUAACAAAGCAGA